GCGGUCGCGUGGCGGCAGGGGCGGCGGCGCGCGCGGCGAGGAGGCUCGCGCCCGGUGAGCGCGCUUAGGGGGCGUGGGGGCGAGACAGGGGCGGCUUGAAUCGGCCAGGGUCCCGCUCGCCGUGCCCCGCUCUCCGUUCUUCACCCGCCAAAGAUCCUGGGGAGGGUGGAUCCACCAAGGAUCUGGGGGAGCCAGACCCCAGGACGCAGCUGCGCAAAUUCGAGAAACUCCGCAGGUUGUGGACAAGCUGGGGAUCUUCCCAUCCUAGGGAUUGAAGCUGCUUCUCCUGUGGUUUCUGCGUUGCAGGCGGAUUCUUUACCCCUGAGCCACCAGGGAAGCCCAAAGAAGGACACGGCUUGGGGAAAUUUUGUGGAAAACUUGGCAACUGAAGGCCAGCAAAGAAGAAAAAGGGAAAAAACCUAUAUCCUGGAGUUUUUGUCCCUGAAUGUCUUGGAGCAUGGUUGAUGGAUUUGCAGAAAUGGGGGACUCAGAAGGACAUCUGGGGUGGAGGUGGGGAGGGCAAUGAAAGUAUUUUUGAACAACCUGUGUUUGAAUUGCUAGCAGGAUAACCAGCUGGAGAUGUAAUUUAAAGCAUUUAGGAGAGGAAGCCAAAUAUAUACAAAAGGGACAGGAAGAGGAAAAGGAGUCCGAGUGGGCAGGUAGGAGGCAGUCAGGGACCCUGUGGGGCUGUGGAGCCAAGGGGUCCUUGGACGUGUGUCAGUAGCACCAUAGCUUGUGCAGAGGUAGAGGAGACAGGGGGAUGAGGCUGUCUUAAAUUUAGGGAUUAGGAGACUAGGUCUUAGAUUUAGGGAUUAGGAAGACCCACGUCCCAUUCAGGGCUGUUUUAACAGAAGAGCAGCAGCUUGUCUGCUCACAGGCUGUCAUCUGUUCAUCCAGUGGCCAUUGGCAAGUGGACCGGGAGCCAGAGAUGUGGUUUCUGGUUCUGGCUCUGCCACUGCUGUGUAAUUUUCUGUGUAAUUUUGCCUGGACUGGCAUAGAAAGACACCCUUAAUGAAACCAAAAAGAUCCUUUUAUUCCUAGCAACACUGAAUAGUCCAUAGAGCCAGGGUUCCCUGGGGCACACCUUGGAAGAAUGCUGCAAUAGAAUCAGGAUUUUAGAGGUCUAAAGAACAAGAGUCUUAUCCAGUCCCCUGACUUGACAAAUGAAGAUGCUAAAACUCAAAUUUGUAUCAACCAACACUGAUUUCAAAUAUAUUGAUAGUAAUCCGCCUAUAAAGUAGUUAUGCUUAAACCCAUUUUGGAAAUUCUGACAUAGGCUCUGAGAGGUUAACUGACUUGCCCAGAAUCACAGAGCGGCAAGUGGUGGUGUGAGAUUUGAACCCAGGCCUCCUGGAUCAGGGCUUUCUCUGUCACACCUCCUGCUGCCUUCCUGGUCAUCAACCUUGAAUGCAUUUAAAAGUGGUUGAAUGGAAUGUAACUUCAGUCUUUUCUCCUUUCUUAUAAGAAAUGUGUUCUAAAGGUCAAGUUUGAUUGCUGUUAUCAGUGGUUGCCUGGGGUGGAAAGGAUGACUUCAAAGGGCAUGAGGGAACUUUUCUGGAGUGAUGAAAAAGUCACUCCAGACUUGUUAUAUAAAAGUGUCCCAAAGUUACAUUUUAAAAAACACUAGAGCAUUAGACCAUGUGAAAUCUCAUGUUCAGCUCUGAACAGCGGCAAGGCAUACCUAUGAUGCUUGAAUAUAUGUGGCACUUUGAAAAAUAUUCUUAGCUGAUCUUGUGGUUGCUUACUCUUUCCUCUUACUGCUUUUUUCCUUUGUCUUGACCAAUUCCAUUUUCUUCACUGCUGGCUGCUGGACCCUGACCACACCCUUCUUAACAGAGGCAGAAAUCUGCUCUAGUGCAGCCUCUUAGGAAUUUGUCUUCGAUUCAGGUCUUAACUACUGGACCACCAGGGAACUCCCAAGACUGCUGAAUUUUGUACAGCUCUUAGGCUUGUGAAAACUGAAUACUUUCUUUUGGAAGCUCAUUUGUUAAGACUGUUGUUUCCUUGGCAAAGCCUGAUCUCUUCAUCCUGAUCAGUUGAUUAUUGGAUUCAGUAACUAGGUAAAGAAGGCUCCAGGGGACCUUCCCGACCCAGGGACAGAACCCGUGUUUCCUGCAUUGGCAGGCAGAUUUUUCUUUACUGCUUAGCCACCAGGGCGGCCCAUUGUAAAGAAGGCCUGUGACUGAUGAGCAGAGUGGCGAGGCUGCCGAGUGAGGCAGAGGGGCAGGCCUGGGAGACAGAGGACGAUGACAUGGCAGAAGGCGAUCUAGGGUAUGGCCUCGGAAGAAGGCCUGGUGGCAUUUGUGAAGCGCAAGUUUCACAUUUAUUUAAAUCUAGAAAAAGAUCAGAUGGAAAGAAUUUUAGUCCUCCCCUGUUUUCAAGAAAUGGGGAAGAAAGAAAUGGCGCCGUUUUUCAGUAUUCCAGGCAGAAGAGCUUUCAAGAUCCAUACCUGGAAGGGCCCCAAAUUCCCUAUCACAAGCGACAAAGUCUCACGGAUUCUAAUUCAGAGUUGUCAAAUGUGGAAUUAAGGCAACGUCUUCAUGAAACUUUAGAGGAGGUAGAAAUUUUGAAAACUGAACUUGAGGCAUCUCAAAGACAACUUGAAGGUAAAGAGGAAGCAUUGAAAAUUCUUCAAAGCAUGGCUGUAUUUGGCAAAGCCACAAGUCAUACCCAGGCAGUGCUUCAAAAAACUGUGGAACAAAAGAGAUCCUUGGAGAAGGAAAUAAAUGCCUUGCAGUGGGAAAUAGAAUUUGAUCAGAAUAGAUUUAAAAAUAUAGAGGAAUCUUGGAUCCAAAAAUAUGACAGGCUAAACUGUGAAAAUGCAGUCCUUAAAGAAACUUUGAAACUAAAAACAGAAGAAAUUAAAAUGCUCAAGUCUGAAAAUGCAAUUUUGAAUCAACAGUAUUUGGAGGCGCUUGGCAUGCUUGAUAUCAAACAGCAGAAGGGGGCUCAGGAAGACACCUGCCAGGAUAGAAGUGGCUUUACAGAGGUUUCAGGUCUUGAGCUUGCAGCGCCGGGAGCCUGCCUCUGUCACCGUCCCAGAGGGAACCCCUGUGCUUGUGCCAGAAUGGCCGUGUCCACUCGGAAAGCGCUCCUGCAGCUCAAACAGGAGCUGGAACUUCUGCAGAAGAGUAAAGAAGAAGCGUACAUAAUGGCAGAUGCAUUCAGAAUUGCAUUUGAGCAACAGUUAAUGAGGAAAAAUGACCAGGCACUAAGAUUGACACAGAUGGAUAAAAUGUGUAAGAAAGCAACAAAAUGGACAAAUUGGAAGCACCUUAAAGAAGAUGGGUCACUAUCACCAGGGAGUAAGAAGACCUUAGGGCAGAAAUUGUUGGGUAUGCUCCCUUCAGAAAACAGCUCUAAGAGUACCAAUGACCAGGACGAUCCUCAGGAAAUCUUUAAGAUGCUAAUAGACUUGCUGAAUGAUAAAGAAGAAGCAUUGGCUCAUCAAAGGAAAGUUAGUUACAUGCUUGCUCGGGCUUUGGAAGACAAAGACACCACUUCAAAAGAGAUUAAAGAAAGAAAUUCUAUGAAAGACAAUUUUAUAUUAAAAAACCCCUGGCAGAAAAUUUUAGAAUUCCCUGUUUCAUGUGAUCCUGUACAUUCAAGUGUUCAAAUUUUUAAUUCUGUGGGCUGCAUUUGUUCAAUUCAGCACUUUCAAACAGAUCCAAAGUAUGCAAGAACUCUUAAAAGGUCCCGUUCUUUGCCAUCAGAUAUCAUGUACUGAAGACAAAUCAGAUGAAUUAGAACUGAGAGAUGUUUGAGACUUUGAAAAAGGGCCUUGUAAAUAUUGCUACAUUUUCAGAAGUUGUAUAUUUUCUAGGUAUUUCUAAAUUUUGGGAGGCAACUUAAAUAAACGUUUUGUACAAGAAA